UUUAGAAUGGGAAACAGUAUAAUAAUAAAUGUUAAUUAGAUAUUUGUGGUAUUGAUGAAGAAAAAAAGUAAAGUUUUUAGCCAGAAUCAAAAGUUAUAACAACAAGAACCAUAAAUUAAACAACCAUAUAGAUUGUAUAAGCAGAUAUUGUAGAGGAAUUGGUUGAUGUAGUAGGUAAAUAAAAAAGUAAAUUUUAGUGAAUUGCUCUCAUGAACCAGCUUGGUCUUAUAUAUCAAAACGGUAAUAGUAUAUAAAAAUAUUGAUUAGUGAUAAAAAUAAUAAAGCAAAUGAGAUGCUCUAAUAAAGUAUAAAUGCAGCUGUAUAACAAUAGUGAAAAUUGGAGAGCUUAUUGUAACAAAUACAGAAAAUGUAAAUUCAGUUUAAAUAUUUCAUGUAAGACUGCCAUUUUACUAGGUAUUAAAUUUACUUAAAUAUUUAAAAGGAUGCAAAGGACUUAUAACAAAUAUUUAAUGUAUACAAAGAAUGUUUGUAACAGAAAGGACAUAAAACAAUAUCAUUUACUGAAUAGAGCACUCCAAAUUUUUAGAUUCCAAAGUAAUUUCAUGCUGAAGUAUUGAUAAGAGCAAUCCUUUCGUAAUAAUACUUAAUAAAUGAUUAGAGCAAUAUAAGAGGGAGAUAUAGAAUUUGAAUUGAUAAAGUUUGUGAGUUUAGAUCAAUUGACUCUAAAAUAUUUUGCUUAUGAGUUGAUGAAAUAAUUAGAUGAAUUAAAAAUUCCUGAAUUAUUUAAACAACGAUAUCAAUAAUUUCUAAACUUUUUAUGUAUAGAAUUAGUUUAUAUAUGAAUUUAGAGAACGGAGAAGAUACUAAACAAGAGGUUUAUCUUUUGAGUACUGGGAUUACUACAGAAAUAGAAGCUGUUGUAGAAUAGUAAUGA